AUGAAGAUUCCACUUAUCGUGUCGCUGGCCAGCUGUCUAUGGCGGUGUAUACAUUCUUUCACAACAACAACAGAUGGCAUUGUGCAGGAUGAAAACUGUGCAACUGGCUACAACACAUACGACUCAGAUACAGGCCUAGUGAGAGAGGUUAAAUACUACAUCUACUGCACAGAUUCUCAACACUGUUGUGACAUAUUCGAAUAUCGCUACUGCUGCCCUUACCAAUACUACAGCCCCUAUGACUAUCCGUCAAACAAUGCUAUCAUAUUUGGCGGUAUAGCCGGGGCAAUCAUGUUCUUAUGUUUUGCUGUAUGUGUCAUCGCCAGAUGGACACGAAAACCUGUACCAGCUAUAGAUCCGCAAACCGCUCAAGUUCUCAGGUCUAUUACAGGUGGUAAUAUACCACGAACACCAUUCACAGGACUGAUUUUAUCUACUGGUGAUGGAAGUGCAAUACACAUGUCAACUUUAAGCACACAAACAUUCGGUACGUCUGGCACUGAGACACAAUCGGUUAAUGCGUCUAGCAAUGGGUCACAUACUGUAGACACUAAUGCGGCACCGCCCCCUCUUUAUGAGGAUUGUGUUCGAAAUAGCCCCGAUCUUACACUGCAAGGGAGCAGUGUUCAUCCUGUUCCUUCUCCGCAAGUGGACAAUGUUGAUACCUCAAUGACAAUACAUAUGGACACCCGUUCAGACCAUGAUAUUACUUCUGAUAGCGAACACAGCAAUAAUGUUAACGUGUCAGACAGUAUCACUUGUCUUUGA